CCUAAUUGUUGCCUUUUCUUCUCCUCCUUGUGGUUGAAGUUGGUGCCUUCACUUAAGAGUUAAGACCCACCUCCAGCCAUGGGCAGAACUGGAGCUAGAUUGCCCAGUUUCUGCUUAAAUCGAAUAAGGCCUCUUGUUCGAGUCCGCUCUCCGUCUAUUCAGUCCAAGCCAGAUGCCAAUUCCAUUAAAACUGAUCAGAAGACUGAGAAUUCCCCCAGUGUUGGAGAAGAGAAUGCCAAGGCCGGGUUGAUAAUUGGUAGGAGAAUCAUGAUUGUGGUUGAUUCUAGUGUUGAGGCUAAGGGAGCUCUACAAUGGGCUCUCUCCCACACUGUUCAGAGUCAAGACACUUUGAUUCUUCUCUAUGUGACCAAGCCUUGUAAACAAGGUGAAGAGUGUGGCAAGGAGGUGGCUCCAAGGGUUUAUGAGCUUCUUUACUCUAUGAAGAAUGUGUGUCAAUUGAAGAGACCUGAGGUGGAAAUAGAGGUUGCAGUGGUGGAAGGGAAGGAGAAAGGUCCAACCAUAGUGGAAGAGGCGAAAAAACGAGGGGUGGCACUACUGGUUCUGGGGCAGAGAAAGCGGUCCAUGACAUGGAGGCUUGUGAUGAUGUGGGCUGUGAAUCGAGUUGGGGGUGGGGUGGUGGAGUACUGUAUCCAGAAUGCUGAUUGCAUGGCAAUUGCAGUGAGGAGGAAAAGCAAGAAGGGCGGAGGGUAUUUGAUCACCACCAAGCGUCACAAAGACUUCUGGCUCCUGGCCUGAAUCAAGGGCAUGCCCAUCUUCAUAUGCUCUACUGUUUGUGGUUGUUAUUGUGUAAUAUUUGUUUGUAAAUAAUAAAAGCUGCAGAUUGGAACACGGAAAGGUGAUUCAUUUAGUAA